AUGAGCAACCGCGGCAAGGAAUCGCUGUGUCUGGACUUCCGCAAGCCCGCAGGCCGCGAGGUGCUGGAGAAACUGGUGGCGCGCGCCGACGUGCUGAUCCACAGCUUCCGACCCGACUUCGCCGAGCGCCAGCGCCUGCGCUUCGAGGACCUGGCGCCGAUCAAUCCGCGCCUGGUUCAUUACUCGGUCUCGGCCUACGGCAGCGACAGUGCCUACCGGCUCAAGCCGGCCGUGGACAGCGUGAUCCAGGGCGUGGCGGGCGGCUUCUACGGCGCGGGCGAGGAGAAGGACCCGCCGAUCCGCAACAGCCUGCCGAUCGUGGACGUGGCCUCCGGCAUGUGCGGCGUCAAUGGCAUCCUCGCAGCACUUAUGGAGCGCGACAGGAGCGGCCGCGGCCAGGCGGUGGAACUCACGCUGAUGGGGACCAUGCUCAACUUCCUCGGCA